UGCCCGCAAGAUGCUGCCGCUCUCCAUCAAGGACGACGAGUACAAACCGCCGCGGCUGGACCUGCUGCGCAAGCUCUCGGGAUGGGUGAGGUCCAUCCUGGCCGACAAGACGUCCCGCAACCUCUUCUUCUUCCUCUGCCUCAACCUCUCCUUCGCCUUCGUGGAGCUGCUCUACGGCAUCUGGAGCAACAGUUUAGGUCUAAUAUCAGAUUCUUUUCAUAUGUUUUUUGACUGCACUGCUCUUUUGGCUGGAUUAGCAGCUUCAGUUAUUUCAAAGUGGAGGUCAAAUGAUGCUUUCUCAUAUGGGUAUGUUCGAGCAGAAGUACUUGCUGGCUUUGUAAAUGGUUUAUUCCUCAUCUUUACAGCCUUCUUUAUUUUUUCUGAAGGCGUUGAGAGAGCAUUGGAGCCUCCUGAUGUACAUCAUGAGAGACUUCUUCCUGUUUCUAUAUUAGGAUUCGUUGUAAAUCUUAUAGGAAUAUUUGUAUUCCAACAUGGAGGUCAUGGACAUUCACACGGAUCUGGGCAUGAACACAGCCAUUCUCUGUUUAAUGGUGGUCUCGGCCAUGGACACAGCCAUGGAGGCCACGGUCACAGCCACAACCACAAACACGGCCAUGGACACACUCAUGAUCAUGGACAUGGUCACUCGCACAGCCAGGAUUAUUGUCAUGAUSACCAUUCUCUUGAAGGGACAGCUGGAUCCAGCAAGCAGAUUUUACAAGGUGUAUUUCUACACAUUGUUGCGGACACGCUUGGAAGUAUCGGUGUAAUCAUAUCUGCUAUACUCAUGCAGAACUAUGGGCUAAUGAUAGCAGAUCCUAUUUGUUCAAUGCUGAUAGCACUACUUAUAGGUGUAAGUGUUGUUCCACUUUUAAAAGAAUCCAUCGGGAUUCUGAUGCAGCGAACUCCUCCCUCCCUGGAAAACACUCUGCCUCAGUGCUAUCAGAGGGUGCAGCAGUUGCAAGGAGUUUACAGUUUACAUGAUCCUCAUUUCUGGACCCUCUGUACAGAUGUUUACAUAGGGACACUGAAAUUACUYAUAGCUCCUGAUGCUGAUGCAAGGUGGAUUCUAAGCCAGACUCACAACAUCUUUACUCAGGCAGGAGUAAGACAGCUUUACGUACAGAUGGAUGUUGCAGCCAUGUAGUCAAUUUCUAAAAUUGUGCUGUUGGACCAAAGUUUCCUGUACUGUAUAUACUUCUCAAGACAGUUGCCUCCACCACUGUUCCAGAAUUGACUGAAUAGACUUCUGCCUUUGGGCUUCUGAUGGAGUUCACUUCUAAGGAGUAAAUAUUGAAUGAAUGUCAUGGACUUUGGUUCUUGUCUUUUUGUGGCCCCUAAGUCUGUAAGUUUUUGUGGGUUGUUUUUUUUUUUUACUUACCAUCUUUGUUCCAAUAGGAAACUAACAUUGUGGUACUGGAAACCCUGUCAUGUCACUUCAGUGAAGUUGCUGAAACCACUGCUCAUUCCCAUAAAACCAGUGUUAUCAAAAAUUGGAAACUUGUUUUGUACAUAAUGUCACAAUGGCUGACAUGUAUCAGUAGAAUUCUAUGUUUGUACAAUUGUUUGUACUUUGCAAACUUAAUGAACCAAACCAUAUUGGGUUUUCAAAGUGCCUUUUAUAUCAGAAGUAUUUGCCAGCAUAGGUAUGGAACAUCAGARGGUUUCAUUACUUUUACAAUCUAUCUUGUAUGCAGUCUGAUAUUUACUAGUGCUGUACGUGGGGGGGGUUGUGUACUUACGUAACUGUUGAUGUUAGACUUCCCUUACUCUCAUAUCUUACCAAACAAACAGAAAAAUGAUAAAUGUAAAAGGCAAAGCUUUUGUGAAGUGACAAAACAAACUGCCUACUUUGUUGCACAUCUCAUGGAAAUCAUUUUAGUCAAAGCAUUAGACUUAGAUCCAAUUUUAAAUCUCUUUUCACUGUUACAGUAAUGAAACAUUACCUGAUGCUACCAUUUCACASUCACCGAAAGACAAGGUAGCUGAGGAGAGAUGCUGGUGACAGAAGCAAUGCCUGAAGCUUUUUAUCUUCCAAAUUGUGCAGGGAAAAGCAUUAAAACACUAAGUUAUUUGAAAACUUAGUCUCCUCAAUUUUAAUAAACUGUAGAAAUUUUUAUUAGAGAUUGAAAUAGCUGUUGCCCUUUUAAAUACUGAAAAGAAGUGUUCCCAUGGCUAUACCCGAAAAAUAAAUGAGAACCACUUUUCAUGCUAUUUAAAA